GGAGGGAGCAUAUUCGCAUGAACAUACUAUUUGAGUGAAAUUCAUUUGUAAAGAAAACUCCGAGAUAAUCAAAUUGUCCUUUUCAAGAACAUUAUCUCUGUUGUUUCCGAGGUGGCAGGAUUCGAUUGGUUAUUAGCCACCGUUCGCGUCUGGUUCAAAUUUAGAACGAUGAAGGUAAUCUAAGGGAGGCAACCAACAUCAGAAAGGGACCGAUAAUGGUAGGUGUUGGGUAUGUUUGUGCUCUCGUUGAUGGGCCUGCCGCCUCCUCCAAUGCCUUUCUUGGCACGCCUUUCCAGUGCAGGUUUUCUGGAAGGAACUUGACAAAAAAACAGAAAUUAUCAGAAGCGUCUAGAUUCUCACAUUUGAACAGAACUUUGGAUAUCAGAGCUGAAGUGAAAUUUGUAAAUCCAGAUGAAGCUAAAAAACUUGUUACAGAAGAGGGUUAUACCAUUUUGGAUAUCCGUGACAAGACGCAAUAUGAUCGCGCCCACAUCAAAUCGUGUUAUCAUGCUCCUCUCUUUAUAGAAAACAAUGACAGUGACCUUGGUACAAUUUUUAAACGCACUAUGCACAAUAACUUUGCUGGACUCUUGUAUGGACUGUCGUUCACUAAACUCAAUUCUGAUUUUGUCCCUGAGGUACAGCAGCAGUUUCCACCAGAUAGCAAACUAUUAUUGGUCUGUCAGGAAGGCCUCAGAUCAGGUGUUGCAACAAAGGAGUUAGAAGCAGCAGGAUAUCAAAACCUUGCCUAUAUUACAUCAGGUCUCCAAUCAGUGAAACCGGGUACAUUUGAGAAGGAAGGACUAAAGGAACUACAAGAUGCAGGCAAAGCAGGUCUAGUUACAAUUCAGGGGAAGGUAUCAGCUAUUCUAGGCACUGUUCUUGUUAUUGUAUUAUUUUUCACAAUUAUUUUCCCCGAUCAGGCAGAGAAGCUUCUACAGAUGAGCCAUUUGGUGGAGCCAAACUCUCAGUAACAUGUGGAGUAAAUGUUGAAAGACAAAGCAUUGGCUUUGAUUUUUGGAUUGUAAAAUAAUUUUUUUGGAACUCAUUGAUAUUUGUUGAUAGCAAGCAUGUAAUGUAACUUUGAAGAAAUAUGAUUUAGUGCAAUGUUUUGGGGAUUGAAUGUACAGUGUUAUCUUUCCUCUGAAAUUAGCAGAAAGUAGUUGAAACUAACUA